AUGGCAUCCAAAGUUUGCGCCGUCUUUGGAUACGGUCCUGGAUUGGGAGCUGCCGCCGCUCGAAAGUGGUCGUCUCAAGGCUUUCAGGUUGCCAUACUAUCUCGAAGCCUCGAGAAAGUCCAAGCAGCUGAAUCUACCAUUCCUAAUACCAAAGGUUUCGCCUGUGAUGUGACAGAUCCUGCCAGUGUCAAGUCCGCUGUCGCGUCCAUUGAAAAAGACUUGGGAAAUAUCCAUACUGUGGUGUACAAUGCUGGUAAUGGAGUCUGGAAGACCUGGGAUAAACUUGACCUAGAUGCAUUCGACAUGGCCAUGAAGACGAAUGUUCAUGGUUUGCUCCAACUGACCCAACUGGUAGCUCCCAAAAUGAUUGAGCAAGGAGAAGGUGCCAUUCUAGUAACAGGAGCAACGGCUUCCAUGAGAGGCAAACCUUUUACUGUUGGAUUUGCACCUCCCAAAGGGGCCCAACGACUGUUGGCACAGUCAUUGGCUCGAGACUUGCAUCCCAAAGGAGUUCAUGUAGGACUCUUUAUUAUUGAUGGACAAAUUGGGAAAGAUGAUAGUGAUCCAAAGAAAAUUGAUCCCAAUGCGAUUGCUGAAACCUAUUGGGCAGUGGCCCAACAGCCAAAGACUUGCUGGAGUUUUGAAACAGAAGUCCGGCCUGCAUUGGAAAAUUGGUAA